CGGCAAGGCGUGACCCGCGAUGAGCAAGCCAUCACCACGAUGCAGCGCCUGCAAUGCAGAGGCGCGCGUGCGUGGACCCCAGGCGCUGCGCGCGGGUAGCGUGGGUCCAAACGUUCAAGAACAUGCACCGCGAAAUGAAGCGGCCGAGCGCGACAAGCUCUUGAACGACAUGCAGCUCUCGGCGAUGCACGCUCGCAUUGGCAUCGUGGCUCGCCGGUGGCCGAGAGAGAGCACGGGCCGUAGCAAGGAUACAAGCAACGUCAUUGCGCUGCAUUCGUACCUCGAGGCGACGACGGGGGCUGGCGCCAAAGCUGCAGGUGGCAAGAAGCGCGCCCGCGACGCCACAGACAAGCCCAAGGAGCCCAAGCCGAAGCGCGUCAAGAAGCCCGACGUUCGACGCAAGCUAGAUUUGCCUGUAGCAGCGUAGCACGUUCUACCCAUUGACGUUAUCUAUCCCAAUCUAUCCUGCAUGCUUCUACUC